GCCGGGCCGCCCACUGAUCCCGCCUGCCCCGCCAGGAGCCCGCCGGCGGCAGGAUGCAGGCGCCGCCGCUGCUCUACGAGUUCUUCAGCGAGGAGAACGCGCCCAAGUGGCGGGGGCUGCUGGUGCCGGCCCUCAAAAAGGUUCAGGAGCAAGUCCAUCCUAAACUUUCCUCAGCUGAAGAUGCUUUACAAUAUGUUGAGGAGUUAAUUCUGCAGUUGUUGAAUAUGCUGUGCCAAGCCCAGCCGAGAAGCUUUCUGGAUGUAGAGGAUCGUGUUCAAAAAAGUUUUCCCCAUCCUAUUGAUAAGUGGGCAAUAGCUGAUGCCCAGUCUGCUAUUGAAAAGAGGAAACGAAGAAAUCCAUUAUCUCUCCCAGUAGAAAAAAUCCAUCCAUUGUUAAAAGAAGUUCUAGGUUACAAAAUUGACCACCAAGUAUCUGUUUACAUAGUAGCAGUAUUAGAAUACAUUUCUGCAGAUAUCUUAAAGCUGGUUGGGAAUUACGUACGAAAUAUAAGACAUUAUGAAAUUACAAAACAAGACAUUAAAGUGGCAAUGUGUGCUGAUAAGGUGUUGAUGGAUAUGUUCCAUCAAGAUGUAGAAGAUAUAAGUGCACUAACUUUAUCUGAUGAGGAACCCUCCACUUCAGGAGAACAAACCUAUUAUGAUCUAGUCAAGUCAUUUAUGGCAGAGGUUCGACAGUACAUAAGGGAACUAAAUCUCAUUAUAAAAGUUUUUAGAGAGCCUUUUGUCUCCAACUCCAAAUUGUUUUCAGCUCAUGAUGUGGAAAAUAUAUUUAGUCGUAUAUCAGAUAUUCAUGAACUUAGUGUGAAGCUACUGGGCCACAUUGAAGACACCGUAGAAAUGACAGAUGAAGGCAGCCCCCAUCCCUUAGUAGGCAGUUGUUUUGAAGACCUAGCAGAGGAACUGGCAUUUGAUCCGUAUGAAUCAUACGCUCAAGAUAUUUUGCGACCUGCUUUUCAUGAUCACUUUCUUAGUCAGUUAUCAAAGCCUGGAGCAGCAUUCUAUUUACAGUCAAUAGGAGAAGGUUUUAAAGAGGCUGUUCAAUAUGUUCUACCGAGGCUGCUUCUUGCUCCCGUUUAUCACUGUCUUCACUAUUUUGAACUUUUAAAGCAACUGGAAGAGAAGAGUGAGGAUGAAGAGGAUAAAGAAUGUUUAAAGCAAGCAAUAACAGCUCUGCUUAACCUUCAGAGUAGUAUGGAAAGGAUAUGCUCCAAAAGUCUUGCAAAGCGAAGACUUAGUGAAUCUGCAUGUCGGUUCUAUAGUCAGCAGAUGAAGGGGAAACAACUAGCAAUCAAGAAAAUGAAUGAGAUCCAGAAAAACAUUGAUGGUUGGGAGGGUAAGGACAUCGGACAGUGCUGCAAUGAGUUUAUAAUGGAAGGAACUCUCUCACGAGUAGGCGCAAAACAUGAGAGACACAUAUUCCUUUUUGAUGGACUAAUGAUUUGCUGUAAGUCGAAUCAUGGCCAGCCAAGACUUCCAGGUGCUAGCAAUGCAGAGUAUCGUCUGAAAGAAAAAAUUUUUAUGCGAAAGGUACAAAUCAAUGAUAAAGACGACACUAAUGAAUAUAAACAUGCUUUUGAAAUUAUUUUAAAAGAUGAGAACAGUGUUAUUUUUGCUGCUAAAUCAGCAGAAGAGAAAAACAACUGGAUGGCAGCAUUGAUAUCUUUACAGUACAGAAGCACCCUGGAAAGAAUGUUAGAUGUAACAAUGCUACAGGAAGAGAAGGAGGAGCAGAUGAGAUUUCCAAGUCCUGAGCUUUAUAGGUUUGCAGAACCAGAUUCUGAAGAGAAUAUUGUAUUUGAAGAAAACAUGCAGCCCAAAUCUGGAAUCCCUAUCCUCAAGGCAGGAACUGUUGUGAAACUCAUUGAGAGACUGACCUACCACAUGUAUGCAGACCCAAAUUUUGUUCGGACGUUUCUCACGACAUAUAGAUCCUUUUGCAAACCUCAAGAACUAUUGAGUCUUCUGAUAGAAAGGUUUGAAAUUCCAGAGCCUGAGCCAACAGAAGCUGAUCGUAUAGCUAUGGAGAAUGGAGAUCAGCCUCUUAGUGCAGAGUUGAAACGAUUUAGGAAAGAAUAUAUACAACCUGUACAGCUGCGAGUGUUAAAUGUAUGCCGACAUUGGGUAGAACACCACUUCUAUGACUUUGAGAGAGAUGUAGAUCUUUUACACCGAUUGGAAGAAUUCAUUGGGACAGUCAGAGGUAAAGCUAUGAAGAAAUGGGUUGAAUCAAUCACAAAGAUAAUCUUCCGGAAAAAGCAGGCCCAAGCCAUUGGGCCAAGCCACAAUAUUACUUUUGAAAGUUCACCUCCUGCAAUUGAGUGGCAUAUAAGCAAGCCAGGACAGCCAGAAACUUUCGACUUGCUCACUUUGCACCCAAUAGAAAUUGCCCGACAGCUCACUUUACUCGAGUCAGAUCUUUACAGAGCUGUGCAGCCAUCAGAACUAGUUGGAAGUGUAUGGACCAAGGAAGAUAAAGAAAUUAAUUCUCCCAACCUUCUCAAAAUGAUACGGCACACCACUAAUCUCACUUUAUGGUUUGAAAAAUGCAUCGUAGAAACAGAAAACCUAGAGGAAAGAGUAAAUGUAGUGAGUCGGAUAAUUGAGAUCCUGCAAGUUUUUCAGGAGCUAAAUAACUUCAAUGGUGUUCUUGAAGUUGUGAGUGCUAUGAACUCUUCACCUGUGUAUAGACUGGAUCACACAUUUGAGCAAAUUCCAAGUCGACAGAAAAAGAUUUUAGAAGAAGCUCAUGAAUUGAGUGAGGAUCACUAUAAGAAAUAUUUGGCAAAACUCAGGUCCAUUAAUCCUCCAUGUGUGCCUUUCUUUGGAAUUUAUUUGACUAACAUCUUGAAAACAGAAGAAGGCAACCCUGAAUUUCUAAAGCGACAUGGAAAAGAACUUAUAAACUUUAGCAAGAGAAGGAAAGUAGCUGAAAUAACAGGGGAGAUCCAGCAGUACCAAAAUCAGCCAUACUGCUUACGAAUAGAACCUGAUAUCCGAAGGUUUUUUGAAAAUUUGAAUCCAAUGGGAAAUAGCAUGGAGAAAGAAUUCACAGAUUAUCUGUUCAACAAGUCAUUAGAAAUAGAGCCGCGAAAUUCCAAGCCUCCACCAAGAUUUCCAAAAAAAUACAACUAUUCCCUCAAAUCUCCGGGUGUUCGUCCAUCAAACCCAAGGCCAGGUACCAUGAGACACCCUACACCGCUGCAACAGGAGCCAAGAAAAAUUAGUUACAGUCGCAUCCCUGAGAGUGAGUCAGAAAGUACAGCAUCUGCACCAAAUUCUCCACGAACGCCAUUGACACCACCCCCUGCCUCUGCUACUUCCAGUACUACAGAUGUCUGCAGCGUCUUUGAUUCAGAUCCUUCAAGUCCUUUUCAUUCAAGAUCUGCAUCUGUGUCGUCCAUAAGCUUUACCAAAAUCUCUGAUGAAACUUCUGGUCCUCCUCCUGUUCCUCCACGGAGACGACCAGAGUCUGCCCCAGCAGAAUCAUCACCAUCAAAGAUUACUUCUGCACAUCUGGACAGUCCACCAGCAAUUCCUCCUCGACAACCAACAUCAAAAGUCUAUUCACCAAGAUACUCCGUGCCAGAGCGGACCUCCAUAUCUGAUCCUCCUGAAAGCCCUCCUGUAUUACCACCACGAGAACCUGUGCGAACUCCUGAUGUUUUCUCUAGUUCACCACUACAUCUCCAGCCACCGCCCUUAGGUAGAAAAAGUGAACUUGGCAAUACCUUUUUUCCAAACAGUCCCUCUCCAUUUACUCCCCCACCCCCUCAGACACCUUCUCCACAUGUAGCACGGAGGCAUCUGCCAUCCCCUUCUUUGAUACCACAGGACGUGGACCUCCAUUCUGUUGAGGGGCCACCUGUCCCUCCACGACAAAGCACUUCUCAACAUAUCCCAAAGCUUCCUCCAAAAACUUACAAACGGGAGCACACCCAUCCAUCGAUGCACCGAGACGGACCACCCUUGCUGGAGAACGCCCACUCCUCCUGAAUUGUACCUUGUGCUGGGAGUUGCAUUUUCUUGGCACUACGUCUGUUGCUGGCAAUGGAUGCGCUGAACCUGCUAGCGCUAAGGAGUUUGGAUGAAUACUCCAUGCAUUAAAAACUAUGCUAGGUUGGGAAUGCAGUGUACAGAAACUGAAUUGCAGAAGCAGACGUGAUCAAUUGAUAAACUCACUGUUCCUAUUGUAGUGUGCAGGAUGCUGUUCUAAAGUAAUUGGACAACUGAUUGUACCAGAAAACUGACUCAAGGGACUUUUCUGGCCAAUAAGCGGAGACCGUGUUUUGUGUAAUGAUCUCUAAUGUCCAGUAUGGGAAUGGAAAAUAUAGUCUUGUAUCCAUCAGUUCUAUACAGUAACACAGUUAUUAGAAUGAAAACAUUAUGCACUUUUUUAAAAAUCUCAAACAGGGAACUUUAUAUCCUUCUUAAUUUCCUUUUCACUUUACUCCCUGCUUUAAAAUACUCUCCUAAAAUCAUGAAAAGGACUGUGAGGAAGAUCUGUGGUACCUAACCAUGUUAGAACUAAGGCAUAGCACUGUAUUGCGGUCCUGUUUACAAAUUGUUACAGUGAAUAGUGUGGGUACCUAGGCUUCACCAAAGAGGUACUUUAUUAUUAUUUUAUUAAAUAUUAUGGUGCCAGUUGAAAAAGAAAUUAUUGCCAGGAAGCAUAAUGGGUAAUUAUUGCUUUCUUUAAACGGAGCAGAUUAAAGUCUUAUGUCAUUAAAAUGACAGCAAAAUUUUAAAAAACAGCACUAUUGUCUGAAAUAUUCUGCUACGUUUAGAAGACUGUUAAUCUGUGCUAGGUUAUAUCACAUUCUUUUUAAGGUUUACCGAUAAUCCAUUUCAUGCCUUGUAACUAUUCUUCUUUAAUCAUGCCAUGAAAACAGUCAUUUGUGAAACGGAACACUUGCUGGCCAUCUUCCAUAGUUAUUGUCAUGUUUUACUAACCAUAGAUUAAUCAGCAUACGUAGAAUUGCCUUGCAUUUGCAUAAAUCAUGUGUAUAUAGUGAAUGUUGCAUAAAUAUGCUUGCAGAUUGUUUUUAAUUUAAUUGAAAUAAAGAUACACAUUUGUUUGGCUGA